CUUAAUUUCCUCAAAAAUUCCUAAAAAAAAUAAAAAUAAAAAUUCAGGAACAGAUCACAAAUCAAUGUCUGUAGACAACCCAGCCAUUAAUGGAGAUGGUGAAAGAAAGCUCUGGUUUAAUGGUGCUGUGAAAAAGAUGACAUGGCCACUGGUUAGCUGGAUUAUGUCGUCGUCAUCAUCAUCAUCAUCAUCUUCUUCUUCUUCCUCUGAAUACCAUGAUGAAGAUGAAGUCGAAAUCUCAUGCCAAGCCAAAGACAAUGCUGGAAUCGACGACGAUGACAACUCUGCCACCCCAUCCAUGGAAACUCCCAAUCAAUCCCUCUCAACCGCAGUAACGAUAGCCAUUCCGGGCAUUCUAGACAAUUCUGCUUCCAGUUCGAAACGGCGGCGUCUCGACAAUGUGACAUUGGCUUUACCAUGUUUUGAGAAAAAGAAGGAAUCCCCACAGCAGAAGAUGAGGAUUAACUGGAGCCAAGACGAUGAGCUCCUGUUCUUGCGGAGCUUCCUCGACUACACGACCAAGAAGUUGAAAACCGGCAACAAUCAACAGCAGACCGAUGCAUCCACUUCUUCUUCUUCUUCUUCAUCGUUCUACGACCAGGUUGAGCCGCAGCUCAAGUUCCGGUUCAGCAAAAGCCAGCUCGUUGAAAAGCUCAGAAGACUGAAAAGAAAAUACCACAACAAAAGAAAGAACUCGACGACCGGCCCAUGCAUAGAUUUCCGCUUCAAAAAUCCACACGACAAGGCUACUUUCGAGAUUUCGCACAAGAUUUGGAGCACUAGUAAUAAUAAUAAUAGUAUAGGAGAUCAUGAAGAAGAAAUUAGUCCGUUAGACCUGUAUAUCGUCAAGGUGAAAAGCGAGGAAGACGUCAUUGAUAAUAAUUAUAAUAAUAGUAGUGGAGAUAGAAUGUUGAUGAUGAGGCCACAGACGAGGUCUCAAUGUGUAGCCGCUGCAGGGUUGGGAAGCAAACGUAGUGUUGUGGAGGAGGAGGGUUCACUGUUGAUUAAUAACAAUAAUGAUGACAACAAAGGAGGUGGUACACCGGCGGCGUUGAAACCGAUUCCGGUCAGUUUGGAAGGGAGGGGGAUGAAGUUGGGAGGUGGUGGAGAAGUGGUGGAUGAGAAAUGGAAGAAGCAGCAGAUCAUGGAGUUGGAGGUUUAUUCCAAGAGAUUGGAGUUGGUUCAGGAACAGGUUAAGACUACUUUGGAGAAGUUGAGGUCCAUGGGUUCAACGACAUCGUCUUAAUAGAGUUCAUCUAUAAUUACUUAAUUAUUAGUUUUUUUAGAAGUUGGUGAAUGAUCACUGCAUGCAUUUGAAUGGAUCAAUACCGGGGAAAAAGAAAAAAAAUGUAAUGUUUGAAUUUUAUGUCUUUUUCCAUUGAAUUUAAUAUUCGAGAACAUUUCGGUCAACAA